AUGUCUUUAGUCGCCUAUGGCAGCAGUGAUGAUAGUGACUCAGAAGAAAAAUCAACUUCUGCCGCACCGGAGAGCAAAGUCAGCACCGGAAGACUCUUCUCACUCCUGCCUGCUCCUAAAAAGCAAGGAUCGACAGGAGGAGCCGGAGGACCGAGAAAGGAGAUGAAAGCAAACCGUUCACCGGGAGAGAGCUCGUUAAACGACGACCUAACGUUAGAGCCACAGGCAUCUAAAGGAGGCUUAUUUUCUAGUCUGCCUAGGCCGAGGAAGCGAACAGAUCCUGUCAAGAUCACUGUACCACAGAUCCAGAGACGGGACUCAGACUCUGACGAUGAGGAUCAACCAGCAAAGAAGAAACUACAACCUCAGGGUUCAGGCCUUUCCUCGCUUCUACCACAACCCAGAAACCGGCCAAUGAAGGAGAUCGAUAGACCCCUGAUUCCUCACACACUCACCAAGCGCCAAGAACCAAAAGGACCCAAGCCUGGAAAGCCUGCACAGGGUCUGCUUGGUUCUAGUGCGUCUCCCUCCGCUAUCAAAGCUGCGGCAAAGUCAGCCGCCCUGCAGCUGGCUCGACAAAUAGCCGCUGACGACCAGGAUAACGAGGAAGACAUAACCCCACAGAACUACUUUUCUCUGGAGAGCUCCCAGCCUCUCCCAACAGUCGUCCCAAGCUUAGACCCUGAGCCAGGAGCCCAUGCGGAACCUCUUUCCCUUGCACCUGGAGAUGAGCCGGGUCAGUCAGAUGCCCCUCUUGACUUUGGGGGAGCUGGUCCAUGGGGAGGUCAAUAUCCUCAGUCUCAACAGCCCAUGGGAGGCCCAGAAGCUCUCCCUCAGGGAUACUUUAAUGAGCCAUAUUACCAAGAUCCUGAAACCGGAUCGGCAGAGGCUGAAGAGCCUGGCAGCUCUGCAAUGUUCGACGAUGAAGCGUUUAUGCGGCUGCAAGGGAAACGGAACAGGGGCAAAGAGGAGGUGAAGUUCCUGGAGAUCAAAGGAGACGACCAGCUGAGUGGCAACCAGCAGUGGAUGACCAAGGGCAUGACGGAGGAGAAGCAGAACCGGCAGUCCUUCAGCAAGAAAAAAGGAGAACUGCCUACAGGACAACAGCGACGCAAGCACCAGAUAACGUAUCUCAUUCAUCAGGCAAAGGAACGCGAGUUGGAGCUGAAGAACAGCUGGGCAGAUAACAAGCUAACCCGCCGGCAGACACAGGCCAAAUAUGGUUUCUAAAUGUCACACUGUGGACUCUUGGUGGACUGUGGAAACCCUGCAUCAGAAAGUAGAGUAGAGCUUUCCAGAUUUCUCUACACACUUGUGGAAAACUUGUGUUUGGGAAGAAACUAUACACACCUUAAUACAGAUUUUCCCUCCUGUAUUUAUGUUGAAUUGUUAUUAUUUAGUAUUUCUUUUGCUCAACUGUUUCAUAAGGGGUUACUUUUGUACGGAAAAUCCAGCCGCAGUUGUUAAUCUUCCUUUCACAUUUACAGUAAAUAUAGGCUCUAUUCCUACAGUUGACAAUACAACAGUGUUUGUUAGGUCCCUGUGGCCAGUCAGUGGCAGAGAAGAUGUGACGUGACCCUCAAGUGGCUAUUAUAAAUGUUUUUCUUUGGAAGUGUAUUAUUUUCCUGUUCAUGCAGCGGACAUUUAUGAAUGACUCCUGUUUUGUGAUAAGUAAAAACGUCUCCACACAACAUGUUUGGUUCUCUGGCAGUUAUGCAAAUGUUAGUAAAAGGUUGCCUUUGAUAAUGAGAACUGGACCAGAGGCAAUAGAAAGCUGUGAUGCAUUGCAUAUUUUGUAAAAACAAAUAAAGAUGUUGGAAUACAUAUGCUGCAGUUGCUCACAAUGACUUAUUAAAGUAAGGAUGAAGAGAUGUCCAUGUCUGUCGCUGUUAUUUCAUCCCUAAUUUUUCAUUCACCUCAUGUUCUAGCAUUGCUG